AUGGAUGUAAGUGGCUUAAAUGAAGCAUCCACAUCAAACGAAACACUUCCGGUUAAAGUAUUCAGUGUAGAAGAGGAUGCUCUAAGCUUGUGGAUAUCUGACGAUGAAGAAGGACUGGCCGUUGCCAGUUUAUUGAAUAAGCUUCUAGAAACUUGGAAUAGGAGAAUGCGAUCGACUUUCAAAGGAGGUACUGUUGGCUAUGUUAAGAAGGCAAUGGCUAUACACGGUGUACCUUUCUGCGAAAUCACCGGAUGUGGUAUUAACAUCCGAACAGAUUUCAAUUUCAAAUACAUUCCCACGUGCUCAAUACGUGACUUUUUUCACGAAAUCUCUGAUAUGGAGAGGAGGAUACGGAAAGUAAUAAGCAGACUUGAAAGCCUGUAUUAUGCGUAUGAUAAGCUUGAAAGACGGUAUCGAUCAAGAGCAAUCUUCAAUUCUCCUUUAGUUAGAGUAACUGACUUUGCCAGAAAGUUAGAUUAUAAGAGCAUAGCUUACCACUUAGGAUAUUUAUACACUUAUCGAUGCCAUCCAGGAAUGCAAAAGAAAAAACAUCUCAUAAUAUCUGUGAAACAAAGGGAAAAUGCAGUGUUAGAGUAUCCCAUCUUUGUAGCAAUGGUUUUACAAAUCCUCAUAUCGUCGAAGACGAAUCCUUGUGCGAAUUUACGGUUAUACUUGAAGAGGUUAGCUGACAACGCUUCUAUGGUCAUUGGUCACAGUCAUCGUAUUCCGAUAGUAGCAGUGCUUGUUGAGAUACUGUUAACUUCUUUAGCAUUGGGAUUUCGUGACAUAGCGACUGACAUAGCCUUGAAGGAAAAUAGUUUGUCUGGCCGACAAAAAAAUGAAGAAGAUAUGUCCCCAAUACAUUAUGGUAAAAUACUUAUAUUUUAUGACGAUUUUCUGAGGGGUAAAAUGUCGAAUAGCGCCAAAAUCAGAUUAGCAGAGGAUGCAAUGAUAUUACACGAAGGAGCAUUACAACAGACGUUGUUUUUACCUGCAAUUAGUUUGCGAGUCCAAGCCGAUAUUGAUACAAGGGAUGAAGAAAGAUUUAACUUAAUUAUUGACUUUGUGAGUGCUCAACCAGAAUAUCUACCACAAUUGGUAGAUCUACUGAAGGAUACAAAGUUGGAUGAUAACAUAGUUGAUGCUGUCGAAAUGGCUUGCACGAAAGGCGAGAAAGUUAUUCAUGAAAGUAGUGAUGUUUGGCUGAUAUAUUGCAAAGAUAGAAUUCAGAAGCCCGAGAAGUUUGGCGUGAUUCAAGAAGUUUUAUUGAAGUGUAUGGACAAACUGUUCCAUUUUCUAGAUUAUGCAUCCAAUAGGAGCAAUAGUACAGCGUGGGUUCAGCUGUGGAAUUUGAUUCAAAAAGUCAGCCCUGAAAGUGUCAAGAUUCUUUGGCAGGAAAGAAAAGCAUGGUGGCCAAAAUUCCAUUUCCAGCCAUUGACAGAUCCAGAAUCUAACAAAUACAAGAGCGAAGUUCUGACUGCUCUGGCCGUGGAAAUUUCUUAA